AUGCUACCCACAUCAUUAAUGAUACGUUUAUCUGAGUUCAUCUAUGAGACUUUAUUUUUAAAACUUCUACAAACAACAAAUGGCAGUAAAAAAAUUGUCAAUAAUCGGUGAAGGAUUUUGCCCAAGCUACAUGCACGGCUUUGCCUUUCUUAUUGAGUUUAAUUUUUGUCUAUAACUAUAAAGCGUCGGUAUUUAAAAAAUCACGUCAACGGUAAUAAAUUUUUCCGUUCCCACACUCGUAACUGACUGAUUUCUCGUUUAUUCAAAGUUUCAUCUUCUACAUAAAAAUAAUGUUGGCACGUCGAUAAGUUCAAUUUCAACAGAAAUCUAAUCCAAGACUCAGCAAUUCGUAUUCCAAUUGUCUGUGAGUAACAUAUAAUAUCAGCAAUUAACUACAAAUUUGAGCAUACAAAUUAAAUCAAUGAUAUAGACAAAGAGCACCUUUAAUCAGCCCAUGCUAUGAUUUUCUACUAUCAUUCUGAGUAUUUUCUAUCGAUAAUUUUUUGGCUGCCAAGGUGACCCUUCUUUUUAUGUCUUUGCUACAAAUUUUUACAAUUUAAACCAUUAAAAACUUACGCAUUCAUCUUUUAUCAAUUAUCGGAUGAGGUUUUUGUGAUGUCUGGAAUAUUCAAAGUAGCGGUAAAAGUUUAUCAGCCGAACCGAAGGCCGGGGCUAAUAACACUUACCGAGAACUUGAUUAUUUAGGAUAUCACAAAAACCGAACCUAGUGAUUAUUGUAUUUUGUUUUGAAGAAAAUAACGACGAACACACCUCCUCCUUGUAGUUAAUCUCGUCUCAGAAUCAAAAGCUCCGUAAUGUUAAGGGAAAAUCCGAAAAGGAAGAGGUCAUCUCAGUGAAAGUCGAGAUAGGUCUAAAAUUCUGGUCACUUUUCCACAGGACAGAAUACAGGUCACCGUGAUAAAAAAAUAAUAAAAUAAAAUGAAAUAAAAAUGUCUAGCCCCGGUUUUUUUUUACCGUUUUCAUUGAGGGCAAUCUGUGUGGUUUGUUAAUUUGUCGAUGGAACAGAGAAUUCUAAUUUUGACUUGUGGAAUGUGACCUGUACUUUAGACCCGGCAGUUAAUAUUCUUGCCUUCAACAAAAAUUAAGUCAUUCGUAAUAGAAAUUUCGUACAAACAAAAUGUGAAUACAAAGACAAUACCCACUUCCUUUCAAAAGUCUAAGGGGCCGACCAUUUGACUUUUGAAGAAUAAUUUCAGUAACGUAUGUACAAACAAACCCAGCCAUAAAUAAACCCAACUAUCUUAAAUAAAUAGAUUCUGACAGAAUUUUUGACAAUAACUUAAGGGUAUAAGUUAUUGAAGUUCAAUAAGCCUAUGGAAUGUUCCUUAUUUCAAUACAGUUAAAUCAAUCUUUUGAAUACUUGAUACAGUCUGAGGGUGUUUUUAAACUUGAUCUAAGCUCAUUGUCUGACAGUUACCAAGUACUGAUCACUGAAACUUUAUUAACUUUAUAUUGUAGUUGAAAACAGUUUGCAUUGAUUAUUUUAAAUAUAACUAAUACUUUUGAACUGCAUGAGUAUAACCACUGUACAUUCAUUAAAUUUGUCUGUUUUCUGUUGAUAUAAAGAUCCCAACACAAUGGCUGAUUGGAUCACAUGUACUGUAUAUGGUAGGUAGUCUCACAUGAGGUAGUUAGUCAAAUUAUGCUAAUUUCGAUUAUAAUGAUGAUUUAAUUUGCCCAGUUUCAGUGAUUUGAUUGUACUAUUAAAAAAACAUGUAUAUACGUAUACUACUGUGGGAACUGUCUAAUAUUUUUAGGACAAAACAAAACUUGCCUUUUUCUUGUCAAUUUCGUUCUUUAGCGGGGAAAAUAUUGCCACUAUCAGCUGAGUCAUUCAAGCGCUCAGUGUAAAAGACUAUUGUUUGCCCAUGCAAAUGAGUACUGACAACAAUACUCCCAUUUUUUCCUAACCUUAAAAACAAUUGUCAGCAAACAGUCCACAGUCUGCAUUUUACACUGCCCUAUUAUUCAAGAGACCAUUUAGCCAAAAGCCGCUUGCAGUUUAUUAACCAAAAAGGAAACAAAGCAAGUUUUUUUUCCACUUGUGAUUUCUAUGCAUUUAUUGAAAGGACUCUUUGAGGUUGACGACGUUGAAUAAUUAUGAUCCUUUUGGAAUAUAUCAAAAUACCAAUCUUUAUUAUAAAGUAAGAAACUUUUGGAAUGUUUGUUUGUACAUAGCUCAAUACACGUAAAACAUUCCCUGAAAGGAAUUUGACUUAAAUCUGUUUGGUAUUGCUCAGAUGGCAUUGUAAAGACAGCCAUACUAGGCUAUCCCUGCAGUGAGCAAGCAUCUUGGGAGAGAGAUGCUGUACAAGGUAAAUUAAGCCUUUGAUACAUUUUGUACAUUUGAUACUUUGGGUUAAGCACUGUGGAGGCUUCUUUUGGCCAACUGUUAUAAUUUUCGGCUCAUUAUGUCAUUAAGUAGAGGUAAUUGAAAUGGCUCAAUCACAUGAAGACCCCCUUGAUGGCAAUUGAAUAGUUUUUCCACACUUAAACUAUUAUAAAUCCAAUUCAAUAAUGAUCUCAAAGUCCUGAGCCUUUGAUUGUACCUCCCUUCUUCCUUAAGCCCUUCAUGACAUACAUGUACAGAAAGGCAUAAAAUUGUGUUUUCUUACCUCAAUAAUAGUCUUAUUGCUCAAGUUAUAAAGAUUUAUAAUAUUAAAAAAAGUCUUUAGAAAAUAUGUGUUACUGCAAUAAGUACUAAGUGGUUUUUUGUUUAUUCAUAAGUUGGAGAGAUAAAUGAGGAGGCAAAUAGUCUCUACGGAGCAGAACUUGGUACGUACGUUUCACUUCAACUGUAUAGUAUUAUUACUUUUUGCUAAUUCGGUUUAAACCUUUGACCUUCAAACCGAUUAUUGGUUUUCCGCAAUGGUUCUCUCACAACCCAGCCCAUUUUGUGUAGUUAUUUUAGCCUGGAUCACCGUUCCUGAGAAAUGAACUGUGCGCUUUACCCAUGCACCUUCGACUCGCCAUUAUUAUUACUGACUGACCUUGCCGUUAGGGAUAAUUUAAUUACAGAUAUUUUCUGAGUCAUUAAAUUUUUCAUUUUGUUAAAGCAAAAUGAAAUACCAUAUCAUUAAUACAUGCACAAUUCCGUGCAGCUUCUAUUUAUAAAUCAGCCGGUAUAUAAUAAAACGAACGCAUACAGUCUUGCACAAUCAUAUACAUUUUUGAUGAUAUGCAUAUUAUUAUCAAAAACAUACACAAGGAUUAUUAAAUUAUUAUUGUCCAUAUUAUUGGUUCAGUGGCAGUUGCACCUUACAUCACUACAAUAUACGUGAAGAAUUCUCUACAUAAACUCCCAUGUGCUCCUAAGUCAAUUGAUUGCACUCACAGCCAUGCUAUACAACUGAUCAUGUUAAAAAUAACUUUGUAUUAAUAGUAACACUACUUUUCCAAUUAUAAUUAUUACCCAAUCAUGUAAGCUUGUGCUAUUUGAAAUUAUACACAGAUGCAUGCUCAUAUGGUUCCUCAUUUGACUUGAGGUUAAUGGAGGAGCUUCUCCAUUUGAAUGGAGUGACACAAAGACUUUUACCUUUAUGUUUGGCACCUUCACAGGUAUGUGUUAGUUAGUGCAUACACAAGGAUUUGUUGUUUAAUGGACGUGGUAAUCUGAAUCACCUUUUUGUAAAAAAGUCAUCAUUUCAUACACUGUAUUUCAUAGGUUCGAUUACAGAGUCAUUACGACUCCACACCGGUCUGUAUCCUAAGAUACAGGCCAACCAAAGAGGCAGCGGAAAUUUUAAGGUAGGCAUAGAAUGGGUUGUUGUAAAUGUUAUAUAUUUAUUGUAUUGUGUAAAGGAGAGAGAAGGGUACCAGCUUUGUGUAUAAGUUUUGGCUUCUUCACAGAACAUUAAGAGCGGUUUUCUGUAAGGACCGACUAAGGGUAUGCAAGAUAGAAAAAUCCGAUUUUCCCAAACUUUGCCAGAAAGAAGGCCUUGAUGAACUGUUUCUGAAAAUAUAACUUUCGGGUCGCUUGGGGUUUUACUUAUUUUUUAGUGAAUUUUUUAAAUUUUGACCGUUAACGCCGGCUUUAAUCACGCCGAAAUAUGCACUUUUGCAGAAGCUCCCAUUAAUACCUUGAAACCUUUCAUAAAAAGAUUAACCAAGCAAAUCAAACUAUCGUCUUUUCUCAGAUUAUCGGUGUCGUCAAAUGCAAAUAAAAUGUAAACGUGAAAAUUUGACAGAUUUUCUAAUUUUACACCUUUCAAUGGUGAUUACAACAACAGUAUUUUGGCUAAAUUCAAGGCCUAAAAAAGCACUCUGGUACAUCGCUUUGACCAACAAAACUAUACUAGGAGGAAACAUUAUCAUUUCAACUAAACAUCGAUGAAAAAAAAAAUUGGGGUAAAUGAAACGGCGAGUUCUGAGAGCGUUUUCAAAAUGGGUUACCUGGGCCAUUUUUGAGUGACCUUUUGAACUUGGAACGGUUCCAAAUCAGUGGAAAUAGAAACCCAGAGCUCUUUAACUCCGAUUUUCCUUUGCAUGAUGAAGCCUGUUUCCUCAUUUCUAGCAUAUUACCAGUUAAGGAUACUAGUCUUUUCAAUUUGUGGUACUGUAUUCCCUAAAAAAAGAGAAUUUGGAAAGUCAAAAUAUGAGUUUGCUCAGGCGUUUGCGGUUUGUUUACCGGUGAAUUAGAAAUUGAUUGUCUUUGUACUUACAACACAAAUUGGUGAUCAGCUACAAGGUUAGUCAAUUCACCAAUUGCUUAUAAAAUACUUCCCACCUUACAGAUCUUUUCCUGGAUCGAAACCACAGCACUCAUUAGAAAAGUACGGAGAGAUCAUCGCACUCGCGCGCUAACACAAUUUGCAUAAAAACAAUUGACCAUGAAACGCCACAGUACACCCAGUCAAGUGUAUUCCGGAACCGCAAGUCUCAUUAUAUUUUUAGCAACAUUGGGUGUUUUGUACUAUACUGGCAAAAGGCAUGGGAUAUUUCUAUAAUAGAUACUUAAGUGUUAGGAUAAUUCCUAAAUAAUCGUACUUACCCUGAAUAGUGCUGGGUAAAGUCUCUGGGACUCAAGGUAAAAACGACGCGCAGGAAUAACGGACCCCGGGGGUACUCCCUUAUAUGUGCCGCUGGACCGGGUAUGGUUUUUAAACUCUCUGUUCUAAACAGGGUAUAUCAUAAACAGAGUAUGUAUUUUGCAAUUUUUUUCUCCUAAACAGGGUCAGGGUUUCAAAUCCUCAGCGGCUCACAUAUACCCUAGUAUUGGUCGAGUAACCCCCGGAUUACGUACCCACAAAGACAAAUUAAACAAAACUUGUAUGGAUCGAUUCCUUUCUUUCGUUGUCAGCAAAAUCCUGUAAGAAUUAAGGGAAAAUCUAGCAUCGGGUAGAUGAGCGCAGAUUUUGGAAGCGCUCGUUAAAUUAACAAUGUUUCUCUCACAUCUACUCUUAGUCUUGUACGAUCAUAACGCUUCCCGUUAAUUCUACGUAUAAUAAUUAAACAUCGUCAGUUUAAGUGAUUAUAAUACGAGUCAAGUUAUCGCUUUGCUUAGAAGUAGUAAUUGUAAUAAUACAAUUAUUUUCGAACAAAACAAUAGAUUUUAAAAUCCGACGACACGGUCCGCGGAGCGAUGGGGAGACGGGGGAUUGCGCAAAAUUAGGAAUGCGCAAAAGUAUGAGAUCACCAGUAGGUAAAAGUUUAGAAAGAGGUCAGCGUGUAAAUAAAAAAAACUGGAACUGAAGCUUUUUUAUACGUGAUGAAUCUGACGAGCUAAAAUAAACUAGGUGGGACAAUUUUUUUCCAACCAUCUCGCAAAACGAGAUGCGGCCCCUCCUGACAACUGUUAUCCAAACUGUUAACACUAAUUUGACUCUUAGGCGUUACAGCCGCACCUUUUUACAAGAUCCCCUAACGCGGCAAGGUACUCUGCCUUGCGCCUUGGGUUAAAUUCUUCCGUGCAGAUAUCAAAAUACUCGCAUAUGUUCUUCAGCAUUGCAAUGCUGAGUGUUUUCAUGCUACCUUUCUUGGUCAAUUCGCAAAGGUUUAGGUUGUCAUAAGCGAUGGGAUGUUCUAGCUGUACUUCCUCUAACACAGCCUGGCGGGUGUCGCAAAACUCUUGUUCAUCCUGAGAAGCUUGUAAAUCUGAGUCGCUAACCUCUACAGCGUGACGCAACUUGCACGAUAAUCUUGAAAAGAAAGACUGUAUCUGCUGCGAGGUAAGAAACUCAUCACUCGAGAACAGCCUCGAACCAUCUGCUUUUUUUGCAAAACGCAUAUCUCUCGCCACUUUCUCAGGGUUUUGUUUGUGGCCUGUUUGCUGUCCAAGCUCAAAUUUUUCCUCCAGGUACUUUCUUUGUGAUCCGUUAAACCGUGACGACUUCUUUGCAGUUUUCAACGCCCAACCCUCAGGUAAACUGACACCGUGCUUCUUCUCCGUUUGCCUUCCUUCAAAUACUUUUGCAAUGCCAAUAUCGUCCUGAAGGAUAGCGUGGUACGUUAAUUUAGCCCUGUCCAGCAAAGUCUCUUUCUCCGGAAUCAACUCGCAUUUGCCAAACGACAUAUGCCUUUCGAGACUCGAGUAUCUCUCGUAUACCUUGAUGCAACCUUCAUUUGGGCAGGAGAACAAUACAGAAGCGUCUUUCGUUUCUUCUACUGUCGUCGUUUCAUUGGGUCUUGGCUUCUUUGAGGCUUCCUUGGAUGCUUUUACAAAGUCACCAGGGGAAAAUCGGCAAGUAAAUUUGCAGCUUUGUAAGACAUCAGCAACUAAAAAAGCGAACAUUGAAAUGGAAGUCUUUUUUAAUUUCAGAUGAAACGUUUUUCGCGUCUUUUAAAGGUUUGUUAAUUUAUCAUGUACACAACUGACUGAGUUGUCUAUAGUAGCCAUUAGUAUAGACUCUCUUAUACUCUGUUAAUAUUGCCCGUUAUCCGUAAUUAUUAGCUGACUAAGUCAGUGAGUAUUUGCAACACUCCAAUACAGUACAUUUAUAUAUCACUAUGCCCGUUUUUUUUUUACCUUGAACUUUCGUUUGGCUGAUCUCCCUUCCAUUUCCGACGUUGAAAGCUCUCCAAACUGUCAACUUGUCUUUGCAGUACUCAAAGUUGUUGAACGUGCUGAUACCAUCAAGUUUGACUUGAGGCAGUUCACAGGCAGAAACGGCAGCAUUAACAACAGUAACGCGAACCCCGGUGACACCUCCAUUAGACAGGAUAGCUGUUUGAAGCUGUUCAGCAUUUUGCACGUCGUGGCCCUCAUUUACAUACCUGCGGACAUGGGCCUUGAUAGUGGCGGCUUUUCGGUCACAAGCCCCCUUGCCUCCUUGAGGGUCACUGAAAUCUACUCGGCAAACGUCUAUCCCAGUGUUUGCCUUCAUUAGGGUGCAUGAUGCUAUUACAGCAGAACUGUGAUAACAUCCCGCGUUAUCUUGCCGUAGAAAUGCUCUGUUGAUUCUAGGAUUCUCCUCUUUCAGCGACCUUAAGGUGUGCUCAAUAAUUCGCACUACAACUGAGCUGUCUUGUGAUGUAUUCUCAACUACGUGGACGAAGGACUGAUUUUCUAAAAGCCCUCUCAUUUUUCUUGCGAUGACACUUAUGUGCCACGAUAUUCCUCGUUUCCCGUACCAAUCUGAUUGGUUUUCUCUAUAUUUGAGCGGUAAAAACUUCAUAGCCCAAUCUUGUGUUAUGAGUACAGAGGUCUCAUUUAAAGCGCUCAAGCACGCCGUCCCUGCUGUAUCUUGCCUGACACACCUGAGUUGAUGUGCUUUCCAGGAGUGGAUUGCCUGGACUGCAUGACUAUGCGUGUACAAGACGUCUUCUAGUUCUUCAGGUACAAACGUUGACUCAGUCAAGAAUGUUUUAAUUGAAAAAAGAACAUUACUGAGACUUUCACACUGUGAACACUGAAUGUCAUGAUUAUGAGAGCAUUGGGAUCUUAGUUCAUCGUCCUUACUAUCGCUGAGAGCGUAUCCGCUGCAAUGGUCUGCAACCGGGGAGGACUCGGAUACAUGAACCUUCAAAAAAGACAAAGUAGUAAAUUUAGUGACCGUUUGAAGUUUCUGAGCUUUCAUCUAUUGUACGCGCAAUAUUUUUGCCAAGCUUGGUUAAAGCAAUUAGAAAAUAUGAACCUUUGGCAGAAUAAAGUACACACCUAGCAAGGCGAAGACGGACGCCAGUAUAGAUAACGGUGUUCUCUUGCCCAACAAUAGUAUAAUUAGUUUGGAAAAGAACCCACCUGAUUUAAUUAAGCUCUCACGACAAAGUUAACAGAUUUUGCCAUUUUGCCAGUCUCGUGGCAGUUCGUUAUAUAUUCCGGUUUACUUUCAGUUAACCAUGUUUUAAACCGUAUCUGAUACCUUAUAAUCAGCCUUCAGAUACUGCUUGCCUUCCCUCAGAGACACUUCCCAUUUUUUGGCAGUCUCUCUGUCCAGACCUCUCUCUUUAAGUUGGUCCACUACUCCACACAAAGCUUCAAACCCUUUCGCGCCAUCCGAAGCAAUGUAGUCGAGCCCUUGCAAGGACUUCCUUACGGUCGCCCCGCAGCCAGACAGGACUCUUAACAUUGUUGUUGGGCUGAAUGGAGUGAAAUUCGUCUCCUCGCAAUAAGCCUGCUACUGCUUUACUAGCCUGUUAGGGAUCAUCGCCCUAAUGACAUUUGGGGUUUCUAAUAUCUUUCCAGAAGAUAGGCGGAGAUAUCGCUGCCCAAAAGGAAGAUCCUGGAUCACGUGCGGGCUAGUUAUGUAAGUCAAAAAGUGAUCCAACUGUUUAUUUUCUACUCUCAUCCUAGGACUUUUUGCUCGGGCUGGCAAGGCACCCCGCCCAUAUUGAAGAGAGUGCUGUCUCGCCAUUUUGAACCGGUAUUCGGUGAUCCCUGGAAUGUAGUUUAGGAUGCGCUUAAACGUUAUCAGGUCUGCCAUGAUUGAUAAUAUCUGACGCCUUGUUUCCCAGGUAGAUGCGUUUUGGUAAGACUCCGCCAGUGCCUUUAGAUAUUUUCGGUCUUCUUGUCGUUCACCGAUGCCAAGUACCUUCUCGACUGAGCCAGAUUUUUUCACGGCCUCCCAGAGGUAGCCUGCGUCUCCUGGAGCAAUAACGUUAAGGCCAGAAACAAUAACUGACUUCGCCUUUGACACAUGGCUUGCUCUAGUAAGUUCGCUGGCUGCCUCCCAUCGCUUUUUGUAUGAGCCGACUGUGUGAGCAUUACAUGAACGUAAGAAAUCGUUCAACAGAGAACGUCUUGUUGCUUGACUACUAAUUUGUGGAUCAUCGCCGUUAGAACUCUCGCUGCUGCUGCUCGCUUGAGAGUCCGUUUGAUACAGGCUAGUGUCGAUCUCGGAGUAGUGUCCUGAUUCGUCAAGCUGUGGAUGAGAGUAUUCGUCUCUUAUGGUCAGGUGGUGCAUUGACUGGCUAACGUUGUCUUCAACUUCUUUACUCUCCACAUCUUCUCUCUGUACGCGUUAGAAAGCAAAAUGAACUAGUUAGCGCUGUAGAGCGAAUGACUUUUUUAACCGCGUACAUAUCACCACUGCAAUGAUAUGUAAGUGUUCUCGCAUCAAUACAUGAUAUAAAGGAGUAGUAUGCAAGGAGGCUGGGGUCAUCAAAAGUGAAGGGGAGGAAAACUCGCCUUUUGCUGAACCUCACUAAACUAUUAAAAGCCACUCGGACAAGGUUCUAAUCUGUUAUGUUCAUGCCAUAGCUAUACCAUAUAGCUCUAUCUACCUGUGCGAUAUUUUGUGUUGUUAUAUUCCUAGAAUUUCACUCAACUAACCUAUUAAACUAAACUAUUAAAAGCCACUCGGACAAGGUUCUAAUCUGUUAUGUUCAUGCCAUAGCUAUACCAUAUAGCUCUAUCUACCUGUGCGAUAUUUUGUGUUGUUAUAUUCCUAGAAUUUCACUCAACUAAACAGGGACUGCCAUUGGUUGAUUCUUGGUCACGUGGCCUUGACUAAAAUCAAAUGUAUCCCGAUCGUGAUACAUUAAACAAUGUAUCCCGCUCGGGAUACAUUGCAGCACGUGAUCAAAGCAUGGUGGAAAGUGGCGUGACCGAAGGCGGGAAAAACACGGCCAGGUUCUGCCAGUUUUCUUUUUCGUGAAUGAACACAACAACACAAUCACGAAGCCUCAAGCUAAAAGGCAACGAUUUUUAAAGUUAUCCCAGAAGUUCCCAGAAGAAAAACAGCAGCUAGUGGAGGAAAAAGAUGCAGAUGAUAUUAGGAAAGUACUUUUGUUUGUAAAUCAUUCGUUCAGUGGUUUUGAGAAUUAAAUUUGUGUUGUCAUAAGUACCGAGUCGAGUGUUUUGGUUCGUUUUCGUUCGCUCCGGUUAUUCUUUUGUUGCUGUUGAAGUGAAAGUCUAGAAAUAUAACAAAACACUUAAUGUCAGAUCCCUCGGGAAACCAGUUAGUUUUGUUUUCCCUCGAGUCCUGAUGUUUCCCUCGACUUCGUCUCGGGAAACAUCAGGACUCUCGGGAAAACAAAACUAACUGUUUCCCUUGGGAUCUGACAUUAAGUGUAUAAUAUCCGCUCUUCCGGUUUGUCUACGUUAGAUCCUAAAUCUUCUGCGGUCGAUUCUGAGCUGGGAAAUACUAAUAACUGCGAUGCUUCUUCCAACUUUCUCCUGCAUUGCUUGCAGAUUUCUGAAAAAAAUAGUGGAUUGCAGAACAUUACUCAGAAAAUCUGUGCCAGACUCUUAUAGCUUCUGUUUUUGCUCAUGAUGCUCUUCGUUUUUGAAAUAUUGCAGCUAUGUGUUGAAACUGUUCGGUAACACGUUUCUUGAUUUAAAGAUUUUAGGAGGCGGGGGUAUAUCCGAUUAUGAAUUUAAAAUACAAAAAGUGGAGGAAAUUGAAACUGCCAUUCUUUUACGCUCUAAACCCGGCAAUGUUGUAAAAUAUCACUACAGGUUUAACACUCACGGGAGCCUACAGGAAGCAACACUUGGGUUUGCUGGUAGAGUAGCUUGGAAUGUAGAGACGAUAUUCCUCUCUCCCCUGACACUAAAGUUCCAUGCGAUGACCAUUCACUGGGAGCAGUGCAUAUCCUCUUAUUUGAACGCCAUCUAAUGCCAAAUUUGUCUCGAUGUCUUGGGCAUAUUGUUAGUUCAAGGUGACUUUCGUUUAAGUCAAAAAUCCCUUCAAAGAUAAAAAAGGUUGUAAGGUGCCUUUUACUUAACAAUUUUUAGCUUAUAUAUCACAGCGUCGUUCACAUUUUAUUCGCUUCCUCCACGUUUAUCGUUAAUUUAUGCACCAAAAGAUAAAAUCAAAAGCUUUAUUUUUAAUUUUUCUUUGGACGUCCAGUCAUCCCAAAAGCAGUUUUUGUUCCUCACUUCUGUAAAGUUCCUGUGAAACAAACAAGGCUGUAAUGCUCGCGAUAAAUCUGAUAUGGUUUAUAAAUGUAGGCAAUAUUAAUAAUUUUUUAAAAUAAACUUCUCAACGCACUGAAGUUUUAAUGAUCAGGAAAAAGUUUAAAUUUUGCGUGUUUACUGAGAAACAUGGAGGCUUUACUUUUGCGUUUUGGCUCAGCUCAGAUGUUCUGAUAUUGAUCUUAAUUUGAUUAAGUCGGCUACUGCACGGGUGAAUUAUCACUCAUAUCUUUGACAGUAAAAUUCAUUCUUGAAUAACACGCUAUGUGUUUUAGGAAUAUGUCUAAAAAUAUUUUAGCGUUGUAAGUUGCAAUCAUGGCCCUUAAUUAACUGGGUAAAAAUUGAAUAUGAAAUGCAGUAAAAUGAGAAGUACACGACAUUAAACAAUUAAAGCAGGUUCUGAGCGUCACCCUUCAUUAAGCCUUCCUUUCAAGUCAUUUUCCGCGUUACCCUUGUGACUAAACCUUGAACAUCGUCCAGUUUUAUUUAGUGUGUAAAUUAUGGACAAUAAUUAAAAUCUACAGGCUGCAGACGUAGGAAAACUAGUGAUGCUUCGAUAAAUUUGCGGACACCUUUCAAAAUAUAAAAACAGUCUGAAUCAGAUCACGAAGCCGCUAAAUUACAUUUAGUUUUAGUCUCACACCGAUUCUUCUUGAUGUAAAAAGAUUGGGAGGCGUUUAUUUUCCUUUCUUUAAAUUAUGCGUCUAUUCUUUCUUGUUUUUUUUUAAAGAUGGCCUGUUUAAUACAGACAUCGACAUUACGUACCUGCACGUGCCAACAACAGCUUUGGUUCAGAGUCUAAACUAGCGUCUCGAAUGUUGCAAGAACGUAGAUGCCCUUGUAUCAGUUUUGUACACUUGGCGAGGAUCACGCUCUUCACAUUUUCUGGAUUGUCCACACUAGAACCACAUGUUCCACCUGCAAUCUGCCAAUACUCACACGAAGCCAUUUGCAAGUACACAAUGAUUGAAUGAAGUCAAUAAAUAAACUGCACUGUACAAAUUAACAGGUGCAAUUAAAGACAAAGAAGUAAGCCAGUGCUGCCUCUUCGGAACGCGGGCUCUUCAAUUUACGGAGAACAACUCGAUAAUCCAGGAAAAAAGAUUUUUUUAUCAGUCCAAAACAAAAAAAAAUUGAACUACCAAAGAUGUACCGACCUCUCCGCGACCAUAUCCAAUCCUGGGUGUCCUGUGGCAUUCAAUACUUGGUCAUGUUCCACGUUCAGGUGAUAUAUGCGCUCGGCGAUUUUUGUCAGGAACUUCCAUGAAUGCGGUUCUUUCUAUCCAAGAAAGCAUCGCUGAGAUAAUACAUAUUAGUCAAGUACCUCGCACAUUGAUUUACCUCGCAUUUGUUGCCGCAUUUGUGUUGUAUCAAUAGACUGGUACUACAGAGUCGGCGGUGGACAAAACUGACAUGUCUGAGCAAACUGUCUCUUAUUUCCAAUUUUACUAUUCCAAAUUAAUUGCAUGGCUCAAAAUUUAAAAGGCAAGUAUUUCUAAGUAAAAACAAACUGGUAGAGCCAAAAAAACGUCAUCACGCAAACAAAAGUCAGUUUAUUUCUAUGAAUAUGAAAGGUCAAAGGUCACUCAUAAUUGAUAAAAUGACCUGUUUUGAAAUCGCUCUCAGAACUCGCCGUUUCGUUUACCCCAAUUUUUUUUUUCAUGGAUGUUUAGUUGAAAUGAUAAUGUUUCCUCCUAGUAUAGUUUUGUUGGUCAAAGCGAUGUACCAGAGUGCUUUUUUAGGCCUUGAAUUUAGCCAAAAUACUGUUGUUGUAAUCACCAUUGAAAGGUGUAAAAUUAGAAAAUCUGUCAAAUUUUCACGUUUACAUUUUAUUUGCAUUUUACGACACCGAUAAUCUGAGGAAAGAAGAUAGUUUGAUUUGCUUGGUUAAUCUUUUUAAGAAAGGUUUCAAGGUAUUAAUGGGAGCUUCUGCAAAAGUGCAUAUUUCGGCGUGAUUAAAGCCGGCGUUAACGGCCAAAAUUUAAAAAAUUCACUAAAAAAUAAGUAAAACCCCAAACGACCCGAAAGUUAUAUUUUUAGAAACAGUUCACCAAGGCCUUCUUUCUGGCAAAGUUUGGGAAAAUCGGAUUUUUCUAUCUUGCAUACCCUUAGUCGGUCCUUACAGAAAACCGCUCUUAAGAUCCAAUGUGUGUAAACUAAUGAAAUAGACUUUAAGGGGCUUCAAAUAACUUCUAAAUAAGCUGCAAAAGAAGAAAAGGGGGCAAAUUCCAGGUUAUUUUUCUUCUUCUCACAUAUAUAAUCAUAUACUAUGAAAACAGAACUUCCUGUUGUUUUUUGCUCCUAGUAAGUGCAAAAAAAGCAGUUGCUGGAAUUGCAUGCAAUGUGAGAAGGCCCAUACAAUGUACCUGAAUGGAACACCUAGUAGACGUUAAUGACAAGAGAUAAUAUAUUUUAAAAUUGUUUUCGGUAAUUCACUUUGAGAAUUGUUAUGGUUCAAAAGUGAAACAAGAAAACCCAGUCGAUGAUUGUGACUUCCCUGUCCACUACUAUAUAGUCUUUGUUUUCCCUGCUCACUUUGUUUAUAUGCCAAGAUUAAUUUGAUUGCCUAGCUAUUUGAGGCUGAUGAGUUAUGUUAUUUGAACUUGUGAACGUAACUGCGUGACUUGGUACAUUCGACAAGAACUAAUAUUAACUUCUUUAUACAUCUUUUAUUGACAGAGAACUGAUGUCAGAAUGCAGUGACGUUUUAAGCCAGUGCCACAUACAUGUGGCACUCAAAGGCUCACAAUUUGACAAUGAAGGUAUUGUGAGAUACAUGUAUCUACGCUUCUUCAACGAUUCCUGAUUUUCAAUAUCACUUUGGGCCUGCAAAUAACAGCUAUUUUGUAACAAGGCACUAGACUUGUUUUUUUAAUACAUUUUACCCAUGGUGAAUGAGCAUAUUAAAAAACAACAUUUUCCAUUUUACUGUUGCUAGAGCGAAUAGAAAGAGAGAAAAACAAACCUUUAACGGGUUGAUUCAGCUUGUGCUGUACAUGAUUUUCUAUUAUACUUCUUCUGGGUGUUUUCCUACAUCAUCCCCCGCCGCCGGUCUCUGCCAACCAGUUGUACCAUUCUUUAUUCAUUAGCUUCUACUUUUACUUUUAGUAUGUAGACAUCAUGCGCGGCAGAGCGAGAACGGGGCAGAUGUGGAAGUCAGAGUGUACCAGCCCACGAUGUCAUCGGCCAACAUGGUAGUUGGGGACAUCAUUUCUGGUAAGUGUGUCAACUUGGUGUAAGGGACAGACGAAAACACUAAAUCGGACUGAAUCUAACCUUUGACAUAUUUGUGAGCAAGAUCCAAAAGGAAGCCCACGAUUCGUCAUUGAAAAUUUUUGUUCUUGGUGUUGUUACUAAUGUUCUCGUUAAUAUUGUUAUUGGGAUGAUUAUCGUUGACCAACUGGGGCCAAAAUUGAAAAGGGACAAAGAAUAAAAAACUCACUAUUUGGUUCGAAUUCCUCCGAUUUGCACGCAAAGACAUGGAGGUAAUCUCCCUUGAUGACCGAAUGUUAUGUCAGCAAUAUUUUGCGUCCAACCAUACUUAAUUUGCUUCCCCCUCAGCUAACAAUCUUGUUUAAAAGGAAAGUGCACAUUCAAUUUGUAGUUUAUAGGGCGGCACUACACUCAAAGACUUAAAAAAAAAAAUUGUAAUACAACAUAACAGGAUUAAAAACCCUCAACUGGCAGGAGGCAGCCAGUUGGAUAUUUACAAGCGUGGCAGAGGAUUUGAACUCGGGACGACCGAGAACAAAUCCAGAUGUGGUCAGAGUGGGACUCGAACCAGGGACUGCCGCAUUGCGCACCCCACGCGCUGACUACUCGACCACGCUGCCUUACCUUUAAUAUAACCAAUCCAAUUUUACUCCGAAGGAGAUGAUUUGAUGACUGUGAAUGUGAGGAGGGCAGUAGGAGAGGCAAUUGUGGCUGUCCAGGCCGUACGCUGUCAAAGGUACAUGUGAUACUGCAUUUGUAGUUUCUCUCAUGGUAAAUUUCAACCCAACUUUUCCUAUUUAAGGACGAGAUUAUGGACGAGUUUAUUAAUAUUCCAUUUUUUACCGUCUACGUAUCUCUCGAAAUACGGUUCAGCAGUUUGAAUCCAAAUGGCAUAAUUUUAAACAUAACCAGAAUGUCUCUUAUCCGGCUCAAAAUUUGAUGGGACAAUCGAAAGGAAAGCACUUUACUAGGUCUAGCAAAAUAUAUUCAUGUCUAUUAUAAUCGUUUCAGGGACCUGAUAGUUGAAACUAGAAAUUUAAGAGAGCGCCAAGACAGGGAGGCAAGAGCGUCGGUGAGUUGGAGUACCACUGCAGUGCUAAUUGUUGAAAAGUAAAUUGCUAGUGAGCGCCUUGAGUUCCUUGAAGCCCUUGAAUACUUCUUCAAUUUGUGUUAUUGAAAAUUAUGCUUUUUAUCAUACUCCAAAGUAGGCCGAUAGACGAUAGAGAACGUAUGACUUUGAUUUACAGUUCCCUUUAAUCAGCUACAGCGUACAUUUGUGAGACUACACUGCGAACCAAAAAUAAGAAAAGUCCAUUGAUUUAACGUUAAAAAAAACAGUAACAAGAUUAUCAGUACUUCGUAGCAAGCGUUUUUGGAGCAAAGAACGUGGAAAGAGAGUGGGGAUGGGGGGCUCUUGGUCCAUUUUUUUUUGUACGCGACCGAAAAAGGAAAAUCUCGAUUUUCGUCGUUCGUCGGUUUUUCUUUUCACGAAAACCAGACAGUAACGCUUGCUGCAAAGACUAGAAAUACUACAUAAUGCACACAACUGUAUACAUGUACACAACUCCAAGUAAACCACAUUUAAAAUUUAAUCGAGACAAUCGACUAAUGUACAAUGAACCAGAUAUCUUUUUUCUCUAGGAAAUGGCCGACAGAGCACAUGCACAAAAAAAGGUAAGCAAUAAAUACUUGGUCACUGACAUAGUGUCAAAAGUUAACCUUACGGAGACAAACGAUAUCUUUGGGUAUCGACGUUAACUUCUGAACUUCCACAUGCCAAUUCGUAAACAACUGGUGACAAAGGCUGAUUUACGGACGUAAUAGGGCUCUACCCCAUCAGCAUUGUAGUUUAAAAAAGUGAUAAGUUAUCAAGAUAUCAAAAUCUAUUUUUCUUUUUCUGGAAGUUGCCUGCCGUCGAAAUUGGGGAGGAUAAAGGAGAAGAUGAUGAGGAGGAGGAGUCUUUUUUUUCUUCUCUUUUGAGCGCAAGACCAUGCCCAUCAACAUGGACUUGAAGUGACGUCCACUGAUACAAAGGCCUGCAUUAUUUGUUUUUUAACACCACAUAUAACGUUGACUCCAUAAAUCGAUCUGACCUGUUCCAGGCUCCGAGAUAGUCGGGUCCGCUGAAUUGAGAAAGCGCGAACACGAAAUAAAACGGGAGGAACUGGGGAGAGGAGUGCAACUUUUCUCUUGCCUUUUACUUUCGCGUCUUCUCCACUAUCUGAGAGCCUGGAACAGGCUAAAAUCGAUCACGCAAUAUUUACUUUUCUUUAAGUGUAGAGUUUGUCCUGGACAACUAAAACAUGACAGAUAUAUAAAAAACGCGGUGUACUAUGGGUGUAUAUAAAUAUAUAUCAUUAUAUUUUUUAGGUAAGGAAAAGGCGGAACGUCUAUUUUAAUAAACAACAGGUAAUAUAACUGUGAGCGUUAAAUACCCAUAGGUACAUUCUUAAGUCGUGAGCUAAUUUAGUGACGGUGUGGCUAUCCUCUUAUAGACUUAAUCCUUUUUUACGUUAACAGGAAGGGCCAAGGGACCCUAAAAUUCCCAAGAAAGAUGAUGAUGACGACGAAGAUGCCAAUGACAGUACAACGGUAACGCUUCUUUAA